CAGCGCGCGCUCGAAGCGACUUAAGUCGCCGUGGGGCACACAGACCUGGUGGACGUAAUCGACGCGUGCAAACAAUCAGUCGCGAGUGCAACACGGUGCCACGCGGACUUUCUCAACUCCUCGGAAAACUUUUUUGCCUGUCGAUUUAAGCAACAUGAAGUUAUACGCGUUUUCUAGGACAUUCGCGUACUUCUAAAGUAAAUCAAAGGGAAAGUAAACGUCGAUUCGAGAUAAGAAAAAUUAUCUUGACAUGCCCGUGAAGUAUUUUAUGCGUGUGAAUAUGUGAACUCAGAAUGUACAAUUCGGAAAACUAAUCCAUUCCAUCAAACGAAAAGGGUGUUGGCGAAAAAUGGCGGAGGCGAAAAGCACAACAUCGCGCAUACCGGUGGCAUCGCCACUGAUGCUGCGCCGUUCGUGGAGUGUGCGCGUCAAGGGAGAUCGCACCGAUGCGGGGCGAGAGGUGGCGCUGCGGCGGCAGCACUCGUUUACGGCGGCGGCGCCGGGCAGUACGCGGCCGGAGCGGGCCGACGACGGCGGCACCACGACGGGCGCGAGGAGGAACGCCGCGCCGAUGGGGGCGCACGCCCCUAACGGCCUCUCGCAUCGCACACGCAGCCUGAGUCUCAAUCUGAGCAACACGACAUCGUCGCGCUUGGCGCUUCCGCAGGCGACGAGCGCGAUGUCCUCACCGCGCACUCCACCCACAUCGCCUUCGGAAUACGCUCGUUCCCAACAACGGUCACGUGCUACCGACUGGGAUGCGGAGAGCAUCACCAGCGGAAUCAGUGGAAUAAGCAUGGCGUCCUCCAGCUGUGACCAUGCGUCUGUGGCGAGGAAUGGUACCACCUUCUCGGGUCGUAGUAUGAAGUAUGUUUUUCACUGCAGUCAGCAUGCAGGACAGACGGGGGAGGAUUAUCUUACACCUACGCAACGUGCGCAGAGACAGGUGCGUCGGUUGAAGACGCUGCUGCAACAGGCGCAGAGGGAUCUGGAUAGUCGUGAUAGCGAUAUUGUGAAGCUCACCAAGGAGGUGGUAGAGCUACGGUUGUACAAAGCAGCGCUGAGUUCACCUGAGGAGCGAUCCAACUCCAGUGAUGCUAUCACCGUCAAAGAGAACCAGCUGGAUGAGUUGGGAACUGAUACACCUGAUGGUAACCCAGCUACCAAUAGUGAGAUGACCAGUUCCUACACGGAUUCGGGUCAUUAUGACGACUAUACGAAUUCAUCAGUGCAUUCCAAGGACUCAAUGUUGUGUGAUGAGUUUAAUGGAUCGCCUUUCAAGAAGACAAAGAAUGAGAUGGUCGAUAAGGCAACUGUUGCCAACAUGUUGCUCCGUGAUUUGGAGUGUGAGCAUCAGGAGCUGAUGUCUGAAUAUGAAAAGCGGAUCCAGAAUCUGGUCAAGGCUCAUGAGACGGAGAGCCAGGAGGCGCGUCAGAAACACAACGAUAAGGUGGAUGAACUAUUGCAACGAAUCGCCGAAAUUAAUAAGAAAUAUUGGGAAAUUGUGCCCGAAUUCGAAAAUGCCAAAGAGCGAAUCCACGAGUUGGAGGUACAGCUCGAGGAAGCCCUGAAGAAACUCGAAGAGCAAGAAGAAAAGCACAAGAAGUCCUACCUGCAGGUCUACGCCCAAGGCAAAGAAGCAGAAAGACUAGACCACGAAAACAAGGUAAUGGACUUGGCCGUGGUGAAUCAAGCACCAUCCCGAAUAUCUGUCCCGGAACUGCUCCAGCAGUUGCAGGUGACCCAGGCGGAGCUCGAGAACAUACGCGACAUUGAUUACGCGCCUACCGUGUCAUCUUGCUCGCCAUCUAACAGCUUGAAACCACUGCUCAGUGCAAAAGAGGCUGUGACUUUAUGGGUGUUAGGUGCCAGGAAGGCGAUGUACAAGCAAGUAAUGGAGGCGAAGCAUAAGAAGAUUGAUCCGGAGAUCACGCUGCAGUUCCUCAAGUCGGCCAUCUACUACUUCCUGACCGACAAGGAGAACAGCCAGGGUCACCUGCGCGCCAUCCAGAGCAUCCUCGGCUUCACGCCCAGCGAGAUCGCGAAUAUAGAAAAGGCGCGCACAACUUAGUGCAAAUCUUAGGCGGAAUUCAAUGCAUCAUGAGACUGGCGUCAAUUUUUGAUUGUCGCCGCUCGGAAUUAUGUAUUAUUAACUAAUGUUGUCCAUUAUUUAUACUAUAUUGUUGAACAAUUGUGAUUGGCGGCCGGUCUCGGCCAGCGCCUAGCAAAAUCAAAGAAACUGAGUCAAAAUAGUCAUUUACGCGUUAAGUCCACGUGCAAGUUUUACUAACGCAUACGCUACACUAUUACCGUUUAAUUAAGAUGUUAGCGAUAAGUUCAGGAGUAGGAUAACGUGAUAAAGGCCUUGCAAAUCUGUCCGAACAGUGAGAACAAAGUGUAAAAUCGAAAUAUUUUCAUAGUUGAUUUUGCUUCACAGGUGCGUACAAUGGCGAGAAAACAAUAAACGUGAAUUACUUAUUAUUCAACUGAACACUAGGAAGCAGAUAGAGAAUUCUAUUUAUUGUCGUACUUAACUAGGCGUAUUCUAAGCGAAACAUGUGAAGCACCACUUUCACAUGAUUGUUGUGUAACUGUUGGACUACUUUUGAUUCGAGUAUUCGAAGUAUAAUUAGCGUUUAUUCGUGAUUAGUUCGUAAGUAUUUCGCAAACCCGCAAGGAAAUCCUUUUUGUAACAUAUUUUGAUGUAAGACUUGGGUCGGAAUCGUGCAAUAUGGACUGAAAAUUCAAUGAAUUGAUGCAAGUUGAAACGAAUUUCUUGCUAUACACAUGCAUUACUCAAUUACGACGCACGAGAAUAUCUGUUAUAUGAUUUUUUUUAAUUAUUAGGACACACGUUUUGUUAUGUUGCAAAUAUUAUCAACCUACGUUUAUCUGUUGUAUUGGAUAUUGGAUAAAUAGAUGACUUAUGAUGUA